GAAUGGUAGCGACUUUAAGUGGGCACUCUACUCUUGACUCGCAUCAGGCCGCAACUCCACGGCCUUAGGCUUUUAGAGCGCAUAGCCAGGAUUCAUUUACGAAGUGCGAUAACAUUCAGUUUAGUGUGCUGAGUAUGGAGGACGGGGAGGUGAGACGCUAGUAACCCCUCUACCUGUACUUUGGGGACUGAGGAGACUACGCGUUGCUUGGAACAGUACAGCAAAAUGCCUAGCAUUAGCAGCAGGCGUGCAAGCGCCAUGGCGCGCCUGCUGCUUCUAGCAGCGUGGGUUAUGACUCUAGCAUUCUUCCCAGGACGAGCUAUGGGGCAAACGAAGGCGACAAACAGCAACCCACUGUUUCCGGAUUGCGCUUGCGAGCGGGACCGUCGCAGCUCGCCCUACCGCGCAACCCUGACCAGCACAUCGGAGUAUGCAGGCGGCCGGAGGUACUGCUUUACCUUUGACAUCGUGCCCUGCCAGGUGGACAACCCGUGCUGCUACAUGAACUUCUACAAACUGGAGUUCCCCUUUGCCUACUCCUGCAAGGGAGCCCUGCAGUUCAUUGAAUACCAAGGGACCAACAAGUCCAUCAUCUGGGGCCCAGCCUACACCCUGGCCACGCCACAGCGCAUCGACUUGAAGAUCACCAACAUGCGGCUCUCGCAAACUAACGCCAAGGGCCAGAGCGUCUGCCUGGGUAUUGCGGACAGCUGCAAGGAACUAGACCAGUGGUGCUGGCCCAACACAGGAAGCUGCAAGCUGGCCAUGUUUAACGCAGAUCCCUUCGAUUGCUGCCCGGUCCAGCCCUUCACCCUGGCGCCGCCGCCGCCACCGCCGGAUGCUCCACCGCCACCGGUAGUGACGGCGCAUCCGCCACCGCCGCCGCCGCCACCCCCGCCGCCGCCACCGCCGCCGCCGCCGCCCCCCAAGGGUACCUCCCCGCCGCCACCGCCUUCGUGCUUGGUGUGUGUACGGACGAUUAUUGCGGUAACUCCUUCGAACGGGAAGUUUGGGUUCACGGACGCGAUGUGUACGGACUUGCAGCAACUCAUGGUGGACACCUUUAACCAAAAGGCCAAUGAUCUGGAUGCCCGUAUGAUUGCGCCCUUCUCGCCCGAAGGCUGCAAGCCCGACGAAAUCCGCAUCUGCGGUACCUUCUUCUCCUCCGAAGAUGGUCUUAAGCUGCAGGACUGGAUUGAUGGGCCGGACCACCCGCUUUCUGACUUCACGUCUUUCAUCGCUCCCGACGUCUGCCCCGCGUCCCUCACCGGCUAUACCAUCGCUACCGACAUUGUUGAUGACGGCGACGGCACCAGCGCAUGUCUUUCCGGUCAUGACGUUAAGAUGUGCAGCAACCAAAGCCCCCCUCCUCCUCCGCCGCCACCUCCGCCACCCCCACCACCCCCACCUCCGCCUCCCCAGCCAAAACCUCCGCCUCCCAGCCCACCGCCUCCCAACCCGCCGCCCCCUAAGUCCUCUAGCCCCAAGCCCCCAAGCCCACGACCUCCCAGUCCAUCCCCGCCACCUCCCUCCCCGCGUCCGCCCAGCCCUAAGCCCCCCAGCCCGCGGCCACCGCCCCCCAGGCCGCCGCCGCCCAGCCCGCCACCUCCGCCGCCCUGCAGUGUUUGCUUCUCCGUCCUGAUCGACCUCGCGCCCAAUGACUUGUACCGUUUCGACGCGGCAACUUGCGCGGCCAUGCAAAAGCUGAUGGCGGACGAUGUGAAUGCAAAGGCAGCGGAGGUUGGGGCAAAGCUGCUGGUUCCUUUCGCGGCUGACCCGAGCUCUUGUACCGACACCGAGAUUCGUGUGUGUGGUACCUUUGCCUCGAGCCUGGACGGUCAGAAGCUGCAGAGCUGGACUUCGGACCCGUAUCCGUACACGAUUUGGUUCAGCAAGCUUUUCCCCGGAGAUUGCAAUGCGAACCCCGACAUUGCGCUCUACACUUUUGUUUUCCAGGUCCGCAACAGCGAUGGCUCCGAAGGCUGCCUCACCGGCUACUUCGUGCCUCCGCAAUGCGCCCUUUCGAGCAGCCCACCACCACCCCCGCCCCCACCGCCGCCGCCGCCGCCCCCACCGCCCCCGCCACCCAAGCCCAACCCCCCACCACCGCCUCCUCGCUCUCGGCCGCCGCCCCCGCCUGCUUCGGACUUCCCCAAGUGUGAAUGCGACAAGCGGUCUGGCAGCUCUACUCUGUUCUUUGCUGAUGCAAACGUGACAGAGCGCGGCGAUGGUAUGCGCAUGUAUUGCUUCAACAUCAACUUGACGCCUUGCCUGCGCUCUUCGCCUUGCUGCUACCAGGAUUUGAACAAGAUCGAGUUUUCGGUCUUGCCGGCAUGUAUGGGCUCGGUAGCUUACUCAAUUACAGACGGCCUAAUGCGCCCAGCACAAUAUCAGCUAAAGCCAUAUCCGACUGUCAAGGUUAACCAGAUUGCGAAGCGCUUUAUUGAUGCGCCCGGCACGGAGAUUUGCCUUGUCCUCCGGCCACCUUGUGACACGCUGGCGGCGCUUUGCGGCACAGAAAGGUGUUUGUAUUCCAUAUUUAACAACCGGGUUAGCGACCAGCCCAAGUGCUGCCCGGUGCGUUCUGUAUUGGACCCGCUGCUGGCGUAAAGCUGUUCAGACUGCCCUGUCCCGGCGUGUGUUAAGAGCAAGGAAAGAGUGUUGCUUGGGGACAGGUGUUGCCGAUUGCCGCGCAUGUCAAGAGCAGAGCAGGGCGCUGGAAAAUUGCGCAGGGCUCGCGGCUCAGCGCGCAAGUUUUCUUUGACAAGCUAAUCUUUCUCUUCGUAUACAUAGCUUGACCCUUGACACGCAUGAUAUGAGCUUUAAGUUGACUGUUGCUGCUGACCACGACACGGCUAUGACAGGAAGCUAGGCGCAUUUUCGUACGUGUAGCUGAGGCUCUGACGAUCCUGACCCUGCUUAACUGAGGUUGGAACGUGGGCCGAAAAAGGGUUCAUUCGCAUGGCUGGAUGGAUGACGCUGUCACACGCGGGCGGGCUGUUUUGACGCAUGUUAUAGUUGCAGCUCGUUUUUAUGUGCAACAGCGUGCCGUACUGAGAAUGUUUGAAGCGCACCUGGAUCCAUUUGCCGUACGACAUCCCACGUUUCAUGAGCUUUGCCAAAGCCGUGACCGUGCUGCUUAGAGCGCCGACUGCUGGACUCAUGCAUGACCGCUGUUUGGGACGAACACACAAACCAUCCGCAUAACGUCUCGAAGCGUUUGAGGCAACUACGAUGCUUGGGUGGGCCUACCUGGCCACAGGAGGUCAUACGUGUCUGCGACUCUGUGUUACAUACGACAGGAAAGCGCUUUGUUUCGUUUGGAGGGGCUGUUUAAUGCCUGUGUGCGUGCGCCUCUUCACUUCUCUUCAUCUAUUGUGCCUUGGCUUCUGGCGGGAUGAGAUGCGCAGGCUGCUGCUUCGUGCCACCUCUUGCUCCGCGAUAAGAGGGCAAGGGAGCACACACAUCACACCUGCCCCCGGGCCACUGAGUCAUUUUGUUUUCUUGCGUUGACACAUUGAAACGUGGAGUGUCUUCUCGGGGCAUAAUGCAUUGGGAGUUAUGGAGGGGGUGGUCCUUUAACUAGCAGUGGUGGUGGCCUAAUUAGGCUUCUGGUGUGUACAGGGCAAGAGAGAAACACACGUCGUCGCCUACGUGGGUUCCCUUUGUCAUCCUUACAUCUUGAGAUUACGUAAGGCGUAAGGCGUUUGCCGCAGGAUUUGAACGGUACGGCAUGGUUAAACAGUGCGCCUGUCGCUCUCUGCUGUAAUUCUCUGUUGCGAGGGACAUUGACUCCAUCCACGGAUGCCUACGCACGGCUUUGUGAUUGAGGACUCUUACCAGUAGUGUUGGGUUUAUAUGGUACUAGGACUUGUAUUGGUUUGACGUUUUGGGAUUGAAACUUGGGAUCCGAUCCGCGUGUUGCAUUAAUGACGAGUGGAGCAUCCGUUGUGUGUGUGCGCCUGUGGGAAAGGCCGAUGCGUGAUGCUCGUUGUUUGUGUGGUGACGGCGGCAAACGUCGGCGGUGCCCCCAAACGUCGGCGGUUGCCAUCUGUGUGU